AUCAUCAAAAUCCACGGAGAGAUCCAUCCAACCAGAUCUCUCUGUCCCCUUUUCCUUUACGCGUUAAGCUUUCUCUCUCUACACCUGUAAACACCUCUCUCUCUCUCUCUCUCUCUCUCUCUCUCUAGACCCUACUGAACUUUUUUUCACUCCACACCCAGUUUGACAGUGAGGUCAAAUAAUAACCUUUACCCUCCAACUGGGUUUUUCUCCCUCAAGGAAGGAAUCACCCAGAAAUUCUUUAAUACAAACAUCUUCUUGCUAACAAUAUAUUGUUAUUAUAUGGAGAUAUACGUAUAAGGGCGUGUAUGUGCUGUUUGUGUGUCGUUUUCGGGCCAUUCUUUAAUGUGGGUUUGGUGUUUCCUGUGAUGGGUGUUUAAUAGAAGGUGGAAAAAAGCUGUGUGCUUUCUAUCUGUGUGAGGCCUUCCUUUCCCCCCCCUCUCUCUCUCUCUCCCUUCUCUCUCUCUCUCUCUGUGAUUUGAAGGAGAUUGGGAGGAGUCUGUGUGUAUGUGGGUGCUGUGAUGGAAACCAAAGGACGACUCAUUGCGGGUUCACACAACAGGAAUGAGUUUGUUCUAAUCAAUGCAGAUGAGAUUGGACGAGUGACAUCCGUGAAGGAAUUAAGUGGGCAGAUUUGCCAGAUUUGUGGAGAUGAGAUUGAGGUUACUGCUGAUGGGGAGCCAUUUGUUGCCUGCAAUGAAUGUGCAUUCCCCGUUUGCAGAGCUUGCUAUGAGUAUGAAAGAAGAGAGGGAAAUCAAGCAUGCCCUCAGUGCAAAACCCGGUACAAGCGCCUCAAAGGGAGUCCCCGAGUUGAUGGUGAUGAAGAAGAAGAAGAAUUUGAUGAUUUGGAUAACGAGUUCGAAUAUGGGAGCAACGAUCAUCAUCAGCACUUUGCAGAGGCCGCGUUCUCUUCUCGCCUUAGUACUGGCCGUGGUCACCAACGCAAUGCUUCUGGGGUCACUGUCCCCUACGAUAUGGAGUCCUCUCCCCUAAAUCCAGAUGUCCCACUCCUCACCUAUGACCAAGAGGAUGCCGGGAUUUCCUCGGAUAAGCAUGCGCUCAUCAUUCCUCCAUUUAUGGGUCGCGGAAAGCGAGUGCAUCCGGUGCCGUAUACUGAUUCCAUGUCUUUGCCACCUCGACCGAUGGAUCCUAAGAAAGACUUGGCAGUAUAUGGGUACGGUACAGUUGCAUGGAAAGACAGAAUGGAGGAGUGGAAGAAAAGGCAGAAUGAGAGACUUCAAGUGGUUAAGCAUGAAGGAGAUGGUGGAGAUGAUUUUGAUGAUCCUGAUUUACCCAAGAUGGAUGAAGGCAGGCAACCACUUUCAAGGAAACUACCGAUUUCUUCGAGCAAGAUAAACCCAUACAGAAUGGUCAUUUUACUCCGACUUGCUGUUCUUGGACUCUUUUUCGACUAUAGGAUUCGCCACCCAGUCCCUGAUGCCCGUGGAUUGUGGCUAACCUCAGUUAUUUGUGAGUUAUGGUUUGCCGUAUCAUGGAUAUUCGAUCAGUUCCCAAAGUUUUUCCCAAUCGAGCGAGAAACAUACCUAGAUAGAUUGUCACUGAGGUAUGAGAAAGAGGGGAAGCCAUCUGAGCUAGCUCCUAUAGACGUAUUCGUGAGUACCGUGGAUCCGAUGAAAGAACCACCACUUAUCACUGCUAACACAGUUCUUUCAAUCCUUGCUGUCGAUUAUCCAGUCGACAAGGUUGCGUGCUAUGUCUCUGACGAUGGUGCAGCCAUGCUCACUUUUGAAGCCCUCUCUGAGACAUCUGAGUUUGCUAGGAAGUGGGUCCCGUUCUGCAAGAAGUUCAAUAUUGAGCCUCGUGCCCCAGAGUGGUAUUUUGCUCUGAAGGUCGACUAUCUUAGAGACAAAGUGCAUCCUUCAUUUGUGAGGGAACGUCGUGCAAUGAAGAGGGAAUAUGAAGAGUUUAAAGUUCGGAUAAAUGGGUUGGUCGCCAUGGCAGAGAAGGUUCCAGAGGAUGGUUGGACAAUGCAAGAUGGGACACCAUGGCCUGGUAACAAUGUCCGGGACCAUCCAGGAAUGAUUCAAGUGUUCUUGGGUCAUGAUGGUGUCCAUGACGUUGAAGGAAAUGAGUUGCCCCAUCUCAUUUAUGUUUCUCGUGAGAAGAGGCCUGGAUUUGAUCACCACAAAAAAGCUGGUGCGAUGAAUGCCCUGGUGCGAGUCUCAGCAGUCAUCUCGAAUGCUCCUUACCUACUGAAUGUCGAUUGUGAUCACUACAUAAAUAACAGCAAGGCACUCCGCGAAGCUAUGUGCUUCAUGAUGGACCCCAUCUCUGGAAAGAAAAUAUGUUAUGUGCAGUUUCCUCAAAGGUUUGAUGGUAUUGAUCGUCACGACAGAUACUCAAAUCGGAACGUUGUUUUCUUUGAUAUCAAUAUGAAAGGACUGGAUGGGAUCCAAGGACCAAUUUAUGUUGGAACUGGUUGUGUCUUUAGGAGACAAGCACUCUACGGCUAUGAUGCUCCUGUCAAGAAGAAGGCUCCAGGGAAGUCUUGCAAUUGUUUGCCUAAAUGGUGUUGCUGCUGUUUUGGAUCUAGAAAGAAAAAUAAGAAAGUGAAAUCAAAGGAGAAUAAGAAGAAGACAAAGAGCCGGGAGGCGUCGACGCAAAUACAUGCUCUUGAAAAUAUUGAGGAAGGAAUUGAAGGAAUAGAAAAUGAAAAAUCUGCCCUCAUGCCCCAGGUAAAAUUUGAGAAAAAGUUUGGGCAGUCGCCAGUUUUUGUUGCUUCGACACUGCUAGAGGAAGGGGGAGUUCCACCUGGAGCAAAUUCUGCAUCACUCUUGAAAGAAGCCAUUCAUGUUAUUAGCUGUGGUUACGAAGAUAAAACGGAGUGGGGAAAAGAGGUUGGGUGGAUUUAUGGAUCGGUUACUGAAGAUAUUUUAACUGGAUUCAAAAUGCAUUGCCAUGGCUGGCGAUCAGUGUAUUGCAUUCCGAAAAGGCCGGCAUUUAAGGGAUCAGCUCCCAUUAACCUUUCAGAUCGUCUGCACCAGGUACUUCGGUGGGCCUUGGGUUCUGUUGAGAUUUUCUUUAGCAGGCACUGUCCAAUCUGGUAUGGUUAUGGGUGUGGUCUGAAGCCGCUGGAGCGAUUUUCAUAUAUCAACUCAGUUGUUUAUCCCUUGACAUCCAUUCCCUUGAUUACUUACUGUACCUUACCGGCUGUCUGUCUUAUUACUGGGAAGUUCAUCGUCCCUGAGAUUAGCAAUUAUGCCAGCAUUGUGUUCAUGGCCCUCUUCUUAUCAAUCGCUGUUACAAGUGUUCUUGAGAUGCAAUGGGGAGGCGUUAGCAUAGAUGACUGGUGGAGGAACGAGCAGUUCUGGGUGAUUGGUGGCGCCUCUUCCCACUUCUUUGCCCUCUUCCAAGGUCUUCUCAAGGUCAUAGCAGGUGUCAACACAAACUUCACUGUUACAUCCAAAGGUGGAGAUGAUGGCGAUUUUGCAGAGCUUUAUCUUUUCAAAUGGACGUCCUUGUUGAUACCUCCGAUGACUCUUUUGAUCAUCAACAUAAUCGGGGUCAUAGUUGGGGUUUCGGAUGCCAUCAACAAUGGUUACGAGUCGUGGGGACCGCUGUUUGGAAGGUUGUUCUUUGCUCUCUGGGUGAUUGUACAUCUCUACCCUUUCCUCAAAGGUAUGAUGGGGAAACAGGCCGGAGUUCCUACGAUCAUCGUGGUGUGGUCGAUUCUCUUGGCCUCUAUUUUCUCACUUUUGUGGGUCAGGAUCAACCCGUUUUUAGCAAAAGGUGGCAUUGUAUUGGAAGUUUGUGGGUUGAAUUGCAACUAAAAGGAUGCAGAAAUAGAAGCUUGUAUACAUCUGUGAGAAUUGCAAAAAAGGGCUGCUUAUCGGGUAAAAUAUUUCCUAUUCCAUCAGGGUAAAAUAUUUCCUAUUCCCUCAGACACGACACGAUUAUUGAUGAGAAUCAUCGGUAGCAUACAUGAGUUGGAGAGGAACUCUGUGGUGGGUUUGUGUGUAGAUAAAACAGGUCUGGGACCGGAUACAUUCAUAUUUGUUCUGCAAAAAUUUCCAUUGAUUCUUUAGAUACAUUUGCUUCCUUUUGUUUUUUGUGGAGUCGAAAGGGAUGGAACUCGGGGGAUGCUCUCUGUAAAAUCCCAGAAGAACAUAAAAGCUGCUUUUCUCCAUAAUUUAUGUUCCCUCCUAAAUAAGGGACUUGAUGUAAUGUGUUCAGAAUUUUAAAGUUCUCAUUUUUAGAAAUAUCAUUAUUAUUUUAUUUUUCUGUGAA